GGCGGCUGUGAUUGACAGGAGUGAACGAUGCAGUGUGUGCAGCUAGCAGACUGAUUGCUACAAUUACAUCUAUUCUACGUAAACCUGUGCACAAUGGCGCUUAUUAGUAUUAGUUUUAGUAGUCGUAUUCUGACCAUUCAUCUUGACAGUCUUACUCUGUCAAUAGCUCCCUAGCUAGAAACCUAGCUAGCUAUGUUAUCAUUACAGCAUUGCAUUAUAAAGGCAAGCCAGCUAGGUUUCUGCAAUUGUCAGUGACAGACCAGAGCAUCUGCCGUGUUUUUUGCACAAGUCACUGACACUAUGGCCGACGGGUAACAGGAUUUUGUAGGCAGAGAUAUUGCGAGAGGCUGAAUAGAGUGGGAAAUGGAGGGAGGGACAUUCUCCGGAAUGAGGAAGAAAUGGUGACGCUAGUCUCGCUAGUCUCGGGGAUAAUUGUUAUCACUCAAAUAAGCGUAGAUUAGGUAACGUGCCCGAGCAGUGGGCGCACUGCGCGGGGGCUCGAUGUGCCUGCAGUCCGCGAGGCUGUGCUCGUGAGUGCAGAGAGAGAGGCUGCUUCUCUGGUUUGAAGAGCUUCGCUAGGCGAGAUGGCCGUUCAGGACUGAGGAAGUUUGGUGGUUGCACCGAACGAAUGCCCUGCUGUCUGCUAUCUGCUUGUGUCUUGUGGAAACUUACGGGAAGAAAUCAAGCCAAAUACUGCACCACAAACUGUGUACAUUGUCAGUCAUCUUUAUUAUGGACUUGUCAUGAUGAUUUAAUCAUAUUACAGUUUGUGUGGAGUAUAUUGUCACAGUGGAGUAUCUGGGUGUUAAAUCUUGCAGUUUCAGAUUUGCAAAGUAGCAGGAGGCUGAGGAGCAUUGUGGGAUAGCUGUCGUCACACCCCUUGCCAGUAGUUGUGAGGGAGAAGAGAUUUUUAGCUCGACUGGCAAUCAAUGCAUCAAAUCAGGCAGUACAAAUCGGUCAGUGGGUUUCUGGGUUUAUAGAUCAGUUAGUCUGCCAGUGCAGCAGUCGGUGUCAGCGGGGAACGCAGUGAUGGAGUGGUCCCUGGAGAGGGUGCGGGAGCUGGUGGCAGGUGGAAUGCAGUCAAUGCGGGAGUGCGAGUCCAGCGCUGUGGGCACAGCCUUCUGCCUGCUGCUGCUCUUUGUGUGGUACUGCUACCGCGUGGGCCGCGAGCACAGCGCCCCCACCCUGCGUGGAGGCUACAGUGCGGACCCGGGCAGGGGAGGCGGAGGGGGCGGCGGUGCCCUGAUCAGCCCCGAGGUGGGGGGCAGGGGCAAGGGGAGGCAGGUGGCCGGUGUGGAGGAGCAGAACGGCUUUGCCUACUGCCACUCGCCCGAGUGCUUCCGCUGCAUCCACGCCGGGGAGGGGCUGAACCAGCGGCUCUACCACAGCCUGCAGGACUACGCCAAGCGCUACACUUGGGCCGGUAUGGGCCGGGUCCACAAGGGGGUGCGGGACCAGGGCCGGUACCUCUCCAGCCGCCCCUCUAUCCAGAAGCCGGAGGUCUUCUUCCUGCCCGACCUUCCCUCCGCCCCCUUCUUUUCCCGGGAGGCGCAGAAGCACGACGUGGAGCUGCUGGAGCGCAGUUUCCCCGCCCUGCUGGCGGAGUUCGAAAGCGUGUACCACCACCCCCCGGCCAGGUCCGGCUCCUCCCUGCCGCCGGGGUGGAAGGCCAACAACACCCCGCACGGGCAGUGGUGGACCUUCUACCUGGUUAACCAGGGCACCCCGCUGGCUCUGAAUGCCCGGCGGUGCCCCCGGGCCUGGAGGGUGCUGGGCCAGCUGCGCACCUUCAUCGCCAACAACGUGUUCGGGAACGCCUGCUUCUCCGUGCUGAGCCCCGGAGCGCUGAUUACUGAACACUACGGCCCCACCAACGUCAGGCUGCGCUGCCACCUAGGUCUGAGGGUGCCCUCUGGCUGUGAGCUGGUGGUGGGCGGAGAGCCGCAGUGCUGGUCAGAGGGGAGCUGUCUGCUGUUUGAUGAUUCUUUCCUGCACACGGCCUUCCACGAAGGCAGUGCAGAGGACGGCCCCAGGGUGGUCUUCAUGGUGGACCUCUGGCAUCCAAAUGUGGCAGCUGCAGAGAGACAGGCACUGGAUUACAUCUUUACUCCUGGCCGCUGAGAGAGAAAGAAUGAAAGGAAAAAAAAGGGCAGAGAAAGGAGGAGAAAGAAAGCUAGAGUGAGGGAGACCCCUCAUCUCUCCAUGUACAUAUCUUUUCUUCUACUCUGAUCACCAGUUCCACUGAGUUGUAUCUUCUCUUUGGGACUCACAUUUGACCAAACAGACUUUAUCUAAAGUGCAAUGUAAUGUUUACAGUCUCCUCUCUAACCUAAUUCUACUGCUGAUUCAUCCCAUUUACAUUGUGAUAAUCUACAAUGCUGUACAUUGGAGGCACUUAAAUAUCAACACCCUCCCUAAA